UCGCUGUUUUGAUCACGUGACACUAAAGAUGGCCGACUGCGACGGGAGUGAAGAUGGUGCGUUGAGGUUUUAAAGUCGUCAGCGGGUUUAAAGACGCUGCUCUGCACUCGGAGCGGGUUCGUUCUGACACGUGGAUGAACUGUCAGGACAGUAUUCUGGAGCCGCUGUGUUUCCCGGAGCAGCCGCUCGACGGCGCUCCCGGCCCCCGGCGGAGUUCUUCCCGCUCCGAGCUGCUGCUGCUGUGUCUGUUCUGCUCCGAGUCGAGCGGCCUGCCGCAGAAGGACGUCUUCCUCAAACACCUGCUGCUGGAGCACAAGGUGGUGAUUGCCGACGUCAAACUCAUCGCAGACCUGCCCAAGUACCUGUUAUACUGGAAAGGCAGAUUCCUGGAGCAGCCUGUCACAGAUUUCUGCAGCGUGAUCAAAACCAACUCCACCGGCCCCGUCGAGAAACAGGAGAACUACUUCCUGCUGUGCGACAUCCUGCCAGAGGACAGAAUCCUGCGAGAGAAUCUGCAGCAGAAACGACUGGAGGAAGUUCUGGAGCAGCAGCAGCAGGAGCGAGACGACGGCAGCUUCCAGCGUCUCUGCAUGUUCUGCAGCGACGAGUUCACCGGCAACAGGUCGUCUCUGCUGAACCACAUGGCCCGAGAACACUCGUUCAGCAUCGGACUGCCGGACAACAUCGUCUUCUGCGAUGACUUCCUGGACACGCUGCAGAGCAAACUGGACAAUCUACAGUGUUUGUACUGUGAGAAGACGUUCCGAGACAAAACCACGCUGAAGGAUCACAUGAGGAAGAAAGCUCACCGUCGCAUCAACGCCAACAACCGAGAAUACGACCGCUUCUACGUCAUCAACUACCUGGAGCUGGGGAAGACGUGGGAGGAGGUGCAGAGCGAAGAUGACCGUGAGCUGGUCGACGACGGCGCCGACGAUGAUUGGUCGGACUGGCAGGCUCAUCCGGUGUCGGCCGUGUGUCUGUUCUGCGAACAUCAGUCAGAGACGAUGGACCAGAUCUACUCGCACAUGAAGGACAUUCAUGACUUCGAUCUCCAUAAGCUGAGGACAGAACUCAACCUCCGCUUCUACCAGCAGGUCAAACUGGUGAACUUCAUCCGGCGGCAGAUCCACCAGAGCCGCUGCUACGGCUGCCACCAGAGGUUCGAGUCCCGAGCCGACGUGCUGCGUCACAUCGUGGCCGAAGGUCACGUGAUGCAGCUUCCGGACGUGUCCACUUGGGACCAGCCGCAGUAUUACUUCCCCACGUACGAGAACGAUGCCCUCUUGUGUACGCUGCCCGACAGCGACGACGAGGACGCGGGCGACGAGGCGAACCGCUGCGAGGACGUCCCGGUGAUCGCGGAGGACGUGUCCGACCUCCGAGCCCUGAAGCAGAGCAGCGUCCUGAACCAGCUGCUGAGGAGCAGAAGCUCCGGCAGCCAGAGCGACGGACGAAGGGCGACGACGACGACUCUUCAUUCCAACUCUCAAACUGAGCCAAAGAGAAAACAGACGUAAUUCAGCACUUUAAAAACCGUCAGACUCUCGGAUCCACUCGAGCAAUAAAGACGAUUGUUUGUCUUGAA